AUGGCUGCCACCAAACAGAAUCCCCAGGAGCUUCUUCAGCGGCCGCUCUACGUGUUUGACCUCCCAGCGGAACUCUUGGCAACCCUCAGCCGCCGAGAAACCAGCGGUAGCGCUCCCGAACCAGAGCAACAGAAGCUCCAAGACCCCUCAGACCAAGGAGAGGCUGGAGCGGCAACCUCCACGUCUUGUUCUCUGUGUCAGGUCUCUUUCGAGAAUGUUGGCGAGCAGCGCGAUCACGUUCGCUCCGACCACCACCGAUACAACCUGAAAUCCCGAGUGCGGGGCAAUGCGCCCCUAAACGAAUCGGAAUUUAAUCGAGCCAUUGGGGAGCUGGAUGAGUCAAUAUCUGGAUCGGAUUCGGAGUCGAGCGAUGAAGAGGAAGGCGGCCAGAAAACUCCGGACAACACUCUGGUCGCAUUGUUGAAACGACAAGCUAAACUUUCUGCGCCGGAACUGGAACACCCUAUUGCUGCGAAACAUAAAGGCGCUAGGAAACAGCCAAUAGUAUGGUUUACCAGCUCCCUCAUUCCGUCGACAACUUAUUUGGGGGUGUAUCGAGCGCUAUUCACGGAUGCAGAACAAGAUGGUUUGGAUAAUUUAGUUUCCGCAUUGCGGGAAAAGCAGGUCAAGUCUGUGGUACGACAUUCGAACAAGGCCCCUCAGAAUGCCCCUUUAAACAACGCCCCUCGCAACCAAGCCCAAAAAUACUUCCUGUGCAUGAUUGGAGGUGGCCAUUUUGCCGCGAUGAUCGUCUCGGCUGCUUCCGAGAUCAAUAAAAACGCCAGUGGCCUUGAGGAAAGAAAGCCAACCGUAAUCGCCCACAGAUCAUUUCAUCGGUACACUACGAGAAGAAAACAAGGAGGUUCACAAUCCGCCAACGAUGCCGCAAAGGGCGCUGCCCAUUCUGCCGGAUCCUCGCUGAGACGAUACAACGAAGCCGCGUUGGAGAAAGAAAUCCGGGAUCUAUUGAAAGACUGGAGGGAAAUGAUUGAUACGUCAGAGCUCCUAUUCGUGCGUGCAUCGGGUACCACGAACCGCAGAAUUUUAUUUGGCGCCCAUGAGGGACAAGUGUUGAAACCGUCAGAUACAAGGCUGCGCUCAAUUCCAUUCACCACUCGUCGAGCGACCCAAGCUGAACUCCUCAGGGCUUUUGCUGAGUUGUCGCGAGUAAAAGUCAGCCAGUUCGACGAAGCUACUCUCGCAAAGGAGCAAGAAAAGUAUCAAGAGGCGGCUGCAAGGCCUUCAAAACCGUUGGCCGCAAAGCAGAAACCAAAAAUAUCAAAAGACGAAGAAGAGGCCAUGCUCCAUACUUCUCAGAUACAAGCUCUUAUCCGACGGUCCAAGGUGCCUGCCCUAUUAUCAUAUUUUUCAAAUAACGCAAUAGCCCCGUCUUUUAAAUUUCAUUCUUCAGCAUCACAGCCCAUCCAUCGCUGCCCUACUCCAUUGCACCUUGCCGCAAAUUCGAAUGCGGCCGCAAUUGUGAAAGCCCUUCUUACCAAGGCUGGGGCUGACCCUACUCUAUUAAACGCUGAAGAACGGCCUGCAUUUGAUCUUGCAGGCGACAGACCAACGCGUGAUGCAUUUCGCAUAGCCCGCCACGAGCUAGGCGAGGCAUCUUGGGACUGGGAAGCUGCCCAUGUGCCGUCGGCAAUGUCCCAAGAGGAUGUAGAUAGCCAGACGGGCCGUGAUAAGGAAGCCGCUGCGCAAUCAGAGGCGCAAAGACGCAGAGAAGCUUUGGAACGGCUCAGAAAGGAGGAUGCUAGCAUGGCGGCGCAGCAAAGGAAGCCUCUCGGACGCACACCCGCAUCUCAAAAGUCCGCAGCGGAGAAGAGAGAAGAAGAGACGCGAGGGAUGACUCCAGAAAUGAGGAUGAGGUUGGAGAGGGAGCGCCGAGCUAGAGCUGCGGAAGAACGUAUCCGCAGGAUGCAGGCUGGCUAA